CCUUUCUGCAUAAAUACUGGUCACACAAACAGAUGAGGGACACAACACAGUCCUCUACAGAGAGAGAAACUAGUGUUAGUUUACUGAAUGUGGAAAUGAAAAUAUAGAAAAGGGUAAAACUCAGAGAAGAAGAUAGUUGAUGUCUAAAAAUAUGUGAACGUCGUACGAGGUAAAGUCAGAACAGAUAUCAAAGAUUCAACGUCACGAGAAUACAAUCAUAUAGCCGGAUAAAGAUUCAAUAAGAGACUCAGAAGACCGAACAGAAAGGAUUGUUGAUAUCUACGUCAGUGCAGAGGCUGUAAGAGACAUGAAACAUAAGAAAGAGACAGAAGACUUCAACACAGAAGAACCCCGAACACCUCGACGCACAGGAAGUGAUGGUGUGACGAUCUCCAGAGCAGCUGCAGUAGUGUUUGUGCUGCUGUGUGUUCUUCUGCUGACUGCACGCAUUAUACUGUGUGCCACCUUCACUCAAGAGAGACAACAGCUGCAAGCUAAGAUCAUCAACCUCACUCAAGAGAGAGACCAGCUGCUAACCAACAAUAUGAACCUCACUCAAGAGAGACAACAGCUGCUGACUAAGAUCACCAACCUCACAGAAGAGAGAGAACAGCUGAAGAUCAUCAACCUCACAGAAGAGAGAGACCAGCUGAAAUCAGAAAUAAAUGAUCUUCAGAAGUUUGUGGAUGGACUGAAGUGUCAUCAAUCAACUCUUUACUUCUUUUCCUCUGAGAAGAAGAACUGGAAUGAGAGCAGAAGAUACUGUAGAGAGAGAGGAACAGAUCUGAUCAUCAUCAAAAACAAAGAGGAACAAGAUUUUGUGAAGAAUAUUUGUGGUUCUGAUCAUUUCUGGAUUGGUUUGACUGAUAUUGAAGAGGAGGGCAGAUGGAAAUGGGUUGAUGGCAGCACACUGACCUCUGAGUUCUGGAAGUCUGGAGAACCAAACGACUAUCAGGGAAACGAAGACUGUGCUAACACUCGUUCAUUAGGAUGGUUUGAUACUAAAUGUGAUAGUAGUGUUAAAUGGAUCUGUGAGAAGAGUAUCCUUAAAUGAUACAUUAUAAUAAAAAUUUACAUAUAUGCAUUAUGAACAAAUAAAUAUGUCGGUAAUUUUACUUUUUUUUUAAUGGCACAUUAAUUAGGUUAUUCUGUAAAAACAAAUAAAAAAUAAAUAGAAAAAAAACAUUGUAAUAUUAAACUUUUCAUAUAAAACUUUUUAAAAUCAUUUUGUUUUGAAUUUUUAGAUCUGAACUAAAAUCUGAAUGUGAAAAACAACAGCGAUGUUUCUACAGACUGAAAUAAAAUCAGAAAUACACUGAUAUAAUAGAAAUAUUCAUAAAAACAGCAUUGAUCCAAUAUUGUUAACCAAAAUGAUCAUGAUUUUAGGAGUAUUACUCAGUACAUCAGUAAAGUUUGAUUUGAAAUGUGACUCUUGCAGUUUUUUUGUAAUUACAGUAUGACAAUAAACAUGAUUUACUUGUUUUC